AUCUACUAUUGUGAACAAAUUGUUUUCCUUAUUUUCUCCAAUCCCUCCCUUGCGAAAGCAUCUCACUUCGUAUUCUCUCUCGCCGGUAAGAAACCCUUUUUUCUUUUUCAGGUGCUUUCCCUCCAAUGGUCGAUAGGAUCAGCGCUUUACCGGACGAAAUCAUCUGCCACAUUCUAUCGUUUCUCCCGACGGAAAACGCCGUCGCCACCGCCGUCCUCUCAAAGAGAUGGACCCAUCUCUGGCGCUCAGUUUCCGCUCUCGACUUCUCCUCCGUCAGAAUGUACGAACCCGAUGACCACCGUUUCUUCUUCAGCGACAUCGUCUACUCGGUUCUUCUCUUUCGCAACGCCGCUACCCCCAUCAAAAAAUUCAGCCUCGAACUUGAUGAUGAUGUUGCUGUCGCUAAUCUUGACAUAGCCAAUAUUCACAAAUGGGUCAAUUUUGUCACGCAAUGCAGAGUUGGAGGAAUCGAGCAUCUUCGUCUGCAUUUCAUGGAUUUCAUUCAGUUGCCCCAGUUGCCUAUUAGCAUUCUCAGUUGCAAAACUCUGGUUGUUCUCAAAUUGUGUGGGUUGCAUUUGAUCAAUGGUGUGUUUUCAACUGGACUUCCCUCACUCAAAAUUCUUCAUGUUAAAAAAGUUGAAUUCACAAGUGAUGGACUACUUAAGGAGUUUCUAGCUGGAUGCCCAAUUCUUGAGAAUUUGAAAGCGCGUCGCAUUUGGAUCACCGGUGAGUCCUCCUUUUACCGCGGCGGAGAGCUUGCAGACUUAGGCUUACCCAAAUUGAUUAGAGCAGAUAUCGUUCGCAGUAGGCUUCCGAUGCUGCAACCAUUUUAUAAUGUGGCCUUCCUGCGCGUAGACAUAGAAGAGGUGCAUUAUGCUUUUCCUUACUUUCAUAAUUUGACCCACUUGGAGCUUGUCAUUGAAUUGUAUAAUUCGCUUGUGCUAGUAGAAAUGCUCAAGCACUGCCCUAACCUUCAAAGUCUUGUUUUUGAGGUUUGCAAAGUUUGGUUUUGAUGAUUUCUGUUUUCUUUUCUUGAUAAAUCUCUAAUGUUUUUUUUAAUGUGUAUUGUUAAUCUACUUACGUGGACGGUAGAGAUUGGACGAGGCCCAGAGAUGUGACCCAGAAAAUUGGAUAGACCCAGAAUUUGUUCCUGAAUGUCUUUCAUUUAACCUUAAAACUUGCACUCUUCGAUUUUUUGAAGGCUUAAAAGCCGAGUUUCAGUUAGCAAGAUAUGUUUUGAAGAAUGCAAGAGUUUUACAAAGCUUGACAAUCUUUAACGAACGGACAAUCAGCCGAAGACAGAUUAGGAAAAAGUUAUCCUCAGGCUUGAGGAGCCCUUCAACUUCAAGAUGUCAACUUAUAAUUCACCCCAUUUAGGCCAUGUAAGUAGUAGUUCCUCUAUAUCCUGACAGUCUUUUGAUCAAUUUCUACAUGAAACUGUGGUAUUUGGUUGUUUGAAGUAUGAACCUUGAAGGGCAAGAACAUUGUCUUGGUGGACAAGUUAAGGAGAAAUGAUUCACAUGAUUGAGCACGCCAGCCAGUUUUAUUUCCCCCUUGCUUUUGGCUUUAAUUAGAUUAAUGUUUAUCCAUUUUCUAGCAGUUGUACGUAAAAUUCUGAUUUUAUGCUUAUCCACUGGGGUAGAAGGGUAAAAAUUGUAAAUUAUUGUUUUUCAGAUGCUGUCUUUGAUCAAUGACACAGAAACUUGGAUUAAAGAUUAAGCAAGUAGCUGUUACUCAAAAGGUUUUUUUUGUUGUUUGCUUUUUUAUGAUAUUAGUGUUUUGAUUUUUUAAUUAAAGAGGACUUGGAUUUAAAUGGCCUUUGCAAAGAUUUGGUUGGUUUCGAUACUGUGAACUGGGUUCAAACCUGUUUUAAUUUCAUUUUUUAGAACUUGUUCAGCCUCAAAACGGGUUUGUAAAACCAGUAUCAGAACUGGUUCUUUGAGUUCAAAAACAUGUUUACCUGAUAUUAAGUUGAAGAACUGGUAUUAUGAAUGUCCUACAACCUUUAGAACUAGUUAAGCUACCCGUUUAUAAUCACCACCAGUUUGCUUGCAUAUUAAAUAAUAAGAAUUUGAAUCCAUGUCUUAAUUAAUCAACUUAAAUGACAUCAGUAAAAAUGGUUUGUUUUCAUUAGCUUGUAGGAAGAGAGUGUCUAAAAUGGUUCCCCUGAUCUUUGUGAAAGAGUCAGCAUAUGAAAAUUCGCACUAAGGUAUUGGAAUUUUAAUUUUUGGUCACGGACUUGUGUAGAAAUAAGGUUGUGGUCUUGUGGAUGAUGCCAUAAAGACACUCACUUGUAUGAUAAAAGAUAGUCAUAGUUUGAAUGGGAAGCUAUGGUUUUUCGGGGAGAUAUGAGGAAACUAGGAUUUUUCCAGUCAUCAUGGAUUCUACGGAUAUGAUUAGGUUCUUGGUGAAGGAAGGGAGGGGUAUGGAUGCUUUGUAUGUUCUGAACCGGAUGAAAGAAGAUGGAAUAAAGCCUAGCAUUGUUUGUUAUAUUAUUGUUUUGAGUGUGAUUGUUGCAUAAGGG